UUUUUAGCUGCGUAGGAACGAGAACAAACGAAAUCGAUUUUGGUCUUUAUUGGUUGAGAUGGUUUGUGUUAUGUACAUUUUUGUACAGCUCUGUCAACAGCAAUGGUUUUGUGCUCUCAGGGUAUUAUGAAUGGCCAGAUGACUGUCGGUGACUUGGUUAUGGUGAAUGGACUUCUCUUUCAGUUGUUUAGAUGGAAUUUCCUUCGUCGUACCGGCAGGAAAAAGUGUGGCAAUUGUUGGUACUAGCGAGAGCGGCAAGUCAACAAUUCUUAGAAUGCUAUUUAGAUUCUUCGACACAGAUUCCGGAAAUGUAAGGAUUGACGGGCAAGAUAUAAAGGAAGUGAGACUAGAUAGCCUCCGAAGCUCCAUAGGAGUUGUGCCGCAAGACACUGGGCUCUUUAAUGAUACAAUAUUUCACAACAUACAUUAUGGACGUCUUUCAGCUACAGAAGAAGAGGUGUAUGAGGCUGCUCGUCGUGCUGCAAUUCAUGAAACUAUUAGUAAUUUCCCGGAUAAAUAUUCAACGAUAGUUGGGGAAAGGGGCCUCAAGUUGAGCGGUGGAGAGAAACAAAGAGUAGCACUUGCUCGGGCAUUUCUGAAAUCUCCUGCGAUUCUAAGGCAACACAUUCUAAAGCAAAACCUUUGAACAAAAAGUGGAUCUUAUACAGGUUUGGAGAUUGGAUAUCAAGGCUUGAACCAAGUGUUAAAGCUUCUAAGAGGAAACUCACGAGGAUGAUUCAAAGCUUGAGAAGUCGAGACUAAAGAAGAAGAAAAAGUAGCAAGCUAUAGGAAAAGUUCUGACUAAGGGUAGCAAAUUCAGUGAUAGCAGUUUAAAUUUUGGGAUUCUAGACUUGUGUUAUGUAUGAACUGCUAGUUGGUUUAUGAAAUGAUGUAUUUCUUUAAGAAUGUUUAAUAUCUGUAAAUUGAAUCAAUGUUUUACAAAUUAA